ACCAUCCAACAACCUUUCCGCACUUCUGCAGCAGGACCCCACACGGAUCCGGAAUGGAAUUUUGCCAACCAUCUCCAAAAGCUCGCAAUCAUCGACGUUCUGUGAGGCUCUCCUUGGUCGCCUUGUAUUGUGUUAGCUCAUUCUUGGUCGUCAGCCUUGCCCUUUUGACACACGGGGUCUGAAGACUCCAUGCAAGUUGGCCAUUCUCCAAGCUCUUUCAAAUUUUGUUAAUAUGCACAUUGCGCGUUAAUAUUUGCUGUCGACUUCUAUUGUGAUCGCAACACCAAUGUCUUAUCAAACCGAGUCGGACUUGGGCCAAGAAGCAGGUGGGGGCCUCCAUGAGCCCUGCUGGGCUGCAGAGGCUCAAACUGGGAAUACCUCGUGGAGAGAUGAAGAUCUGGACCUGGAUUCGUUCGUGUCCGGCUACGCGCCCCAUGAUGCCCCGAGAAAUGAUCCAAGUACGCCCAUGGCAGAAGAAAUUGCAACCUCAUCGCGAUAUCAUCCGCCUCUUGGAGUCGGCGGGCAAAGCGUCGACGCGAAUUUGACGCGUCUGAGCGAUAACGAAGCUCAAACGGGAAAGCAGAUUCCUUUGCAGCUGCGCCGAUUCAGGCCUUCACCAGAAGUUUUGUUGGAUAUAAUAACCCCGGGAGAUUCAAAACUCUCGAAAUUAUCGCAGGAAUAUUUCCCCAUCACAUCACUGGAAGACCAAUCAGCCGAUCAACCUUCAUUGGAGCCACCGACCCAUCUGUCAAGAACUGAUGAGAUUGGAGUGCCGCUUCACUCUCUCAAAACUGUUGAGAAAGGCUUUAGCGAGUUGCGAUUUCAGGCAGAUUUGGGGGAACACCAAAGUAUGGCAUGGAUAAAGGUGCGGAAUGUACGGGAGGAGAUAUUAGGCCUCCGAUCUCGUGUUCAUCAAGCGCGCUCUGAGUUGAAGGAGACUGAGAAAAUCAAAGCGGAGGCUGACAAUCUCUUAUUUAAAAGAAUGUUAUUGGAAGGGAGAGGCAUUCAUCUGGAGGACUGUGCGCUUCCAAAUGAUCAGAAAACUCUUCAGCAACUUAUGGACGAUUGUCAGAAGACUCGCGAUGACUACGGCCCCAAAGAAGCUGAAUGUACCUCUCUCGAGGAUCAAAUGAGCAAGCUCGAGUUCAAACUCAACUGUCUGGAACAGCCCUUCUUUUCUCAGAUCGAAGAACCGCAGCCUCCACAACCUACGAUCUCGCGAGAGACCAGUCCGGCAUCUCAACCCUCCGUUCCAGAAUCAGUAGUGUCGACUGACGACGAAUUGAACGAACCCAAGUAUCACCCACUAGUAAAAAUAUAUCUUUCAGAGAUGGCAGAUCUCGAUCUCCUCCACGAGCGUCGCGAUAUCCUCGUUGAAGAGAAGCUCUUCCUUGAAGAAGAGAAGGAGAAACGUACCACGUUGGGAAUGGCACUCAAUUCGGAUGACCAAGACUGGCUGGAUGGGUCUCAAGCUGAAAAUGACACCCUUGUCAAAGAUAUAACACAUCUCGAGGCAGAAUUGGUGGACCUCAAAAAGAAGUGUCUAGAUCAAGGCUUGAUAGAUGAGCAUGGUGAACCAACCGAUUUUGCCAAUCUAGAGGCGGCAUCCUUUCACAACGAGGAAGAUCUAAAUCCUAAUAAUCAGAUAUCAGUAAAAUCCCACAAUGCGGAUCAAUAACUGGAUGCUGCAAUCACUCCGGAGGUCUGCCCUCAAUGUAAAUUUCCUCGCCAGAAUAUUCGAAGAUGGGGGAGGACGACCCGGUGCACAGUGGGAGCUUGCCGUCCUUAAAUUUUGGUUUACGGAUGGUUCAAGUAUGCCGAAAACACAGAUUGAACGACCAUACGCAGCAAGUCUAAUUACUGAGACCGACAUGCACCCUCAACCUAACCAUCAAGCCGGAACUCCGUUCGGUUCAUUUCCCAAUUCCGCACAAGAGUCUGAUCCGGAUUCUGGCAUCCAUACCGAACUUAGAGUUACCAUGGCUAGUUCAGUUCCAAGUGCUAAAAUGCCCUCUCUACGGAAUAUUGAAUAAUGCCUAUGCUCUGGUUUCGUUGUUCUAUGGAGGCAGAACGCAGCUUAUACAUUUUUCGUCUCGGAGAGGGCAGGCUAUCGCCACAAUUCUUUUAUUUGUUAUACACGUCUAUGUAUCACUUGUUUAUUUGUCAGUCUUCAAUUUUCAAGCUCAAGUAGCUUUAAAAUAACGUGGCUGUCAAAAAAGAGCCAUAUAUUGCACGUUGAAGCCAAAUUGGAUGAGGAAUAUCUUCAGGAGAGAAAUUGAGGCGCUAGCACGUACAGCAAACAGGGAGGAAUAUCGGGCGUGAUUUUCAUCUGCGAUGUCUUCGGUCUUUCUUUUGGUUUGAUUUUUUUGUGUAGAGCUAAAUAAGGGCACAGGUACACAGUACUGGAGCCCGAGGGCCAAGUUUUCAUUUUCGACUUUGUCGGGCGUAGGUGCAGGUCCCAAGCUGGUCUCUUUAUUAGAAAGCCUUAUCACUUUCAAACUUGUACGGUCAUUAUCUUAUCACAGACAACGUAAAUGAACCUGCAGAGGAAACUCAAAUUUGGCUCCAAGACUCGCAAAGAUUUGGCUGCCAUUUGUUCCGACACGGCGUUGUUUGACGCCAGUGUCACUUCCACCUGCAAGCUACAGAGCCGUUCCGCCAGCUGAGAUAUGCCUGGAACAGGAACCUUGGAAUACCAAGGAAGGCACAUAUAAAGGCAGCGAUUGAUCUCUGUUGGAUGACUCCCAUGAAGUGGAAGUCUUCAGCCAGUCAUAGAUAGUCCGCAUAUUAGGCAACCAUGAUCAGCAGACGAUGACUCCACUAUGUUGCCCCAGGGACAGUAUGUGUAACCUCGAAGGGGACCUUUCAAUUGAACAGUGGAAAAGAGUUCUACUAGUG